AUGGCAAGGAAAGAAAAUGUCGAGUCACUAUAUUUGCUCCUCCGAGACCUGUGUGAUGCAACUCUGCCUUUUGGAGGGAAUGGAGAACUACAGACUGAAGAAAAUGGAUUCGUUCUACUGCCAUCUGAAAUUGUUAGGAACCCCGGGGAAAAUGAAGAUCCUAUAAAUGAGAUAACCUCAGUGGCAUUCCCUAAACUUGAUAUGAACAUAUUCACAACAGAUAUAUUCAUAACAAGGGCAAUAUUAACUCCCAUGAAUGAUGAUGUUGAUUCAAUUAAUACAGUCCUUAUAGAGAAGUUCCCUGGACAAGCUGUCAUUUAUAAGAGUUUUGAUACAAUUCUUGAUGAUAAUUGUGUAGUAUAUCCUACUGAGUUUAUAAACAAGCUUUGUUCUGGUGGAAUGAGCCCACACGAACUUGUGUUGAAGGAAAAUUGCCCAGUCAUAUUACUCCGUAAUAUCUUGCCUUAUGCUGGGUUAUGCAAUGGAAUACGUCUUAUAUGCAAGUGUUUCUUCCCUAACUUAAUUGAAUGUGUUAUAACAACCGGCCACCACAAAAGGAGAACACGUCCUUAUACCAUAGAUUAA